AUGGCUUUAAGCUUCAAUGUGUGGACCAUUUAUUUACGUGUAGAUAGAAAUUCUUUAGCAUCAUUAAAACAACCUCGUUUGCUGGUCUUUACACUGUGUCCCAUCAUGCUUGGUGCGUUCAGGAGCUUCAUCGGCAUAACAUUGCUUGUUGUGAUCAAGGGGCUUUUUGUGGAAGCUAUUUUCAGUGAUGAAGCCUACCACAUUGACUGGCAACUGAGCAACGUUGGACCAUACCAGUGCGUCCUUCCAGCAUCUGCCACGGAGUCCAACGAUCAGCUGUUAGUACUAUCCACUUUCAAUAAUGGCACAAUGAUAUCGUGGCUCAACAAAACCAGUGGCGAACUUCUGGAAAGGCUGCCGCUUGGCUAUCGAGUUGCUGACGCCAUGAUAGAACACAACGAUCUUUUCUUGAAGCUCGAAGAUGGCUCAAUAAACGCUGUGGACUCAAUGAAUGGCUUCAGUCUUGAUCAUCCACCAACCGAGUUCUCGUCGUCAUGCAACCCUGACUUAUCCACCAUCCGUUUCGAAGAUGGGAAGAUCAAAAUAAUGGACCAUGACACCGAUCUCCAAAUCUUCAGCAUUGACAUGCCACAGGAUUUCAAGGGGAUUAAGUAUUUUCGGAGUGAUAAGGAAAAUACUCUCGACCUCAUGUAUUCCACGGUUGGCGGUAAGUACACUUUCACCAGUGUCUCUGACUUAACUUCUACGCAAACCUGGACGAGGGAUGAAUCGCUUGCUAACAUAAGAGCAUACACAUACGUUUCAUCUGCCGAUCCAAAUCUUGCACAAAUGUUCACCGAGCUUUCCCAGGAAGGUUCAAUGAACGUGCUGGAAGCUUACCAAUUUAGGGUGAAACAGACUCUUAACAGACUAAAGAAUUACUUAUUAGAGAAAAAGUUCUCUGUGGGUGCUAUAGUUAAGGAGUUCUUAGAGGAUGAAGAUGAGGCUACUCUACACCAGAAGGAUGUCAGCUUUGGCCUCUUAAAAUACUUGAUUGUUGCAACAGAAGAGGGCAAAAUUGCAGUCUUGGAUGUGCGAGACGGGAGGCAACUUUGGAAUUACGAAUCAGGUCUUAAAGACAUUUUGAAUAUCGAAGCACUGAGAUCUGACACUGAAGUCGUUAUUUUUACGAAAUCAGGCCCUUCUUUGACUUUCGAUAUCACAAGAAUUGAGACGGAGCCAUACUUAUUAACAAAUACGAACAUGGCACCAGUUCACUCAGUAGAAAAGAUAUCUGAGAACGGCGCCUUUCUUUUCAAAAGACCGGGAGGCGGACGCUUUUUAUUGGAAAAUCCUCUCAAUCCUAUCACCCAAGAUUUAUAUCUGCUAGACCAUAACAGCAAGGAACUUAAUGCAUUCAUUUACCAGAAUGAGGCAAUUACGGAGACUUGGAAGACGAAGGUUGAUGAGCAAGAAGAAAUUGUUGCUUUUUCCUCAAGAGGCGAAGAGCAUGUUGCUAACUUGGGUAUUGUUUUAGGAAACAGAACAGUGCUUUACAAAUAUUUGUAUCCUCACCUGGCGGCCUAUGCCACAAAGAACGAAGAAAAUGUACUUACGAUACGCAUCAUUGAUACGGUAAGCGGCGAAUUGCUUCACACUUCAUUCCACGAGGAUGAGGUGGACUUCAAUUUCCCCAUCAACCUUGUGUUUGGAGAACACUGGUGUGUGUACACUUACUUUAGCACGAAACCUGUGCCAGAGCAAAAGAUAGCUGUUAUUGAACUUUACGAAUCCUUGGUUGCAAAUGAGAGGGUUUCUGAACCUUUGACAGAGGUUAACGCUUUAGAAAACAUUCAAAGGCCACAAUUUAUCCAAAAGGCUUAUUUGUAUCCUGAGGUGAUCAAAAACAUUGGUUUGACGAAGACGAAACUGGGUAUAACAACAAAGUCUAUCAUUUUAGAGCUAGAAAACGGGCAAGUGACCAUUUUACCAAAAUUCAUUUUGAGUGCACGCAGAGUUGAAGAAUCACAACUAAGCGCAGAUGACAAGAAAGAGUUCAUGGUUAUGCCUUACCUGAGCGCUAUUCCUAUAAAUGACCAAGCUGUCCUCACCCAUAAUCGCGUUUUACUAACGGGCCCUGACUCGCACCUGCUUUCGAUCCCGACAGAUCUCGAGUCUACCACACUGGUCUGCACCCUUGGCCACGAUUUAUUUUGUACAAGAGUGUUUCCCUCAUCGCAAUUCGACAAACUCAGCCCGAGCUUUGAAAAAGGCAAGCUCAUGGCAACCGUUAUAGGCCUGUUGCUGAUAUGCUUCUUCUUAAGGCCUCUAGUCGACACCAAAAAGCUGAAGUUGAAAUGGCUAGUAAAGGAUUAG